AUGGAUAGCAGUCAGGAGAUGUCAAGAUCACGUUUUAGUGUGGAGCUUGAUGCUGCAAAUGCAGUAGGGGUGUUUAAAUGGCAAGAAAAUAAUCUUGUUUACUUAUUACAGGUUCUACUUGGAGUGCCUCACAAUUCCUAUAUUUUUUUUGUUGGAUUUAAUCUUCCCCAGGGCAGUUUGUUAUACUGGGCAGCCAACAACUCCCUAACCCUUGUUCAGAAAAAUCUAGCUUCUUGGAUGGCAAAUUUCUGGAAGAUAAUUGUGCAGUAUCAUGGAAGAACGGGUCAUGUGAUUUAGAUUAUAUGAGAAGUAGGAAGCGUGAAAAGUUCUUAUAAUGGGUAAACCAGAAUAUGGACAGCAGCCCAGUACACCAGGUGGCAAACCAAUGGUAUGGAAGAUUUUCUUUGGCAUGAUAUCUGAAACAAGAAGGUGCCCCUUAAUAGCAAUGUAGUAUUAGGUUAUAUAGUUAGGGAAAAUAUCUUACUACAAUGUACAAUUAGAUCCCCU